UGGAGAGUAAGAGGAGGCGGGGCCCCGCUGGCUGCUGUCAGAGGGGAGCGGGGCGGCCCCGGCCCGGGGCUGAAGAUGUUAAUUAAUUAAUUAUGAAAACGGAGACUCUGGAAAACGAUUGAGAAGUCUGUCGAUCCUCACUUCUCAUUCCCCCCCCCCACUUUUGGAAAAAACUGCAGGACAAGAGGAUGGGAGGCUAAGGACAUAGGCUUCGGGUCUGAUCUGGUACAGCAGCCAUGGACCUGGCAUUGAAUGCCUCUGAGGACCCCCAGGGCUCCGACAAUGACUCCGACGCAGAGAACAAGGUUGAUCCAGACACGCAGGCUCAGGAGUACAUCGACCGUGUCCUCAGCUCUGCUCAGCCCCGCCACAGGGCCCAGUACUCACCUCCCAAGUCACUCUCUGUGGGGCCCGGGGCCCAGGCAUCGGAGCGCAGGUCUCCUCUGGAGCUGAAGAAGUCUCCGGCAAGUGACGACGUGACCUCUGGGCUGCUCGCCCUCCCUCUGGAGCUGAUCCUGGAGAUCUGCUCUUACCUGGAAGCCAGGUUUGUUCUCGAGGUCUUGCCCUUGGUCUGUCGGACCCUCAGGGAUAUUGUGCAGGACCCAGUGACCUGGAGGAUUCGCCUUCAGAAGAGGAUCAGUGGGUGUUACCCAGUGGUGGAAGAGGAGGACUUCGACUGGCCGGCUGCCUGCAUGGAGCUAGAGGAGCAUCUCAGGCACUGGGCCUGUGAUGACAGGAGGACAGAAUACUUCUCCCUCGCCGACGGCCACUUUGCCUCCAUCGACUCCGUUCUGCUUUUGCAGGGAGGGGCUCUCUGUGUCUCGGGCUCCCGGGAUCGGAACGUCAACCUAUGGGAUCUGCGGGAACUGGGCCAGUCCCCGGACAAGGUGCUGGUGAAAGCCCUGGGCACAGAACGCAACGGAACGCACAAGGGCUGGGUGUGGUCAUUGGCUUCAAGAGACAACAAGGUGUGCUCAGGCUCCUGGGACAGCACGGUGAAGCUGUGGGACAUAGAGGCCAAUGGGCAGCAGUUUGGGGAGAUCAGUGGGAAAGCUCCUGUGCUGUGUCUCUCCUACCUGCCCGACAUCCUGGUCACGGGGACCUAUGAUAAGAAGGUGACGGUGUACGACCCGCGAGCAGCCACCCAGGCCCCGUUGAAGAGCCGCAAGCUCCACUCCAGCGCUGUCCUGUCCCUCAUGGCCGACGAGCAUUUCAUCAUCUCAGGCAGCGAGGACCGGACGCUGGUCAUCUUCGACCGACGGGGCAAUAGCGUCCUCCAGAGGCUGCAGCUGGAAUCCUACCUGAUCUCCAUGUCCUACCAGGGGACACAGCUGUGGGCCGGGGACAACCAGGGACUGCUCUAUGUCUUUGAAAACCGAGGAGGCUGCUUCCAGCACAUCCGGUACUUCGACGUGGGUCACCGGUCUCAGAUCACUGGGGUAUGGCACUCCCUGGGCACUCUGUACACGACCUCGACUGACAAGACCCUGCGGAUACACGUUCCAACGGACCCGCCUCACACGAUCUGUUCACAGACGCAUAACAACGUGCUGAAUGGGAUCAGCGCCGAAGGCAACAUUGUUGUAGCUGCCUCUGGGGGCCCGUCCUUGGAAAUCUGGAGGCUCGAUGCCUGAUGGGGGGCCUGGAUCCGCGGAGCCACGUCUUGCAGCUGCGGCCCCAGAGGUGGGUGCUGCACCCGGCGCCUGUGUUCCUGCCCAGGGGGAGAGGCCAGAGUUCCAGCACCCGUUUGUCAGUUGUUUGUUCGUUGUUUGGAGGAGGCCCGAGGAGCCGAGAGGAUAAAGCCUCAAUGCCUGAGCUCACCUUGGCACUGCCGUUCCCAGAGCCGAGUUUCCAGAGGGAUCAGAGCCCGGCCAGCCCUUCCCUGCUCGAUGCACUGACUUCGCUCUCUCUGGGUCAUAUUCUUCCGCCACUGCCCCCUUACACCCUCUGGGCUCCUUAGUUAUCACAGCCCUGGCCUGCCUGCCAGGCCGCCUGGGCUACUUAUCUGUCGCCCUCCCACCUGCUGCUCCUUCAGCACCAGUUCCAAACACCUCUCAGGUCCCAGUGCGAGAGGGGACGGCCGUAAGGACUCAGAACCACUAACCAUCCAACCCAGCUCCGCGCAGCCGGGGGGCACUCACCGCCUGAGGUUGAGGAAGACAGACACAUGGGCUGACUAGAUCGAAACAGAGACCAGAGCCGACGUGUAACUUACAGGGAUGCAGCUGAGACGCAUGUUCUAAUGUUGUUGAUUAAAUUAUUCUGUCAGACGAUCUAA